UUAUUUCUUGUUCCUGUCUUCUUGCCUUCUAAUAUGGUCUCAUGGUCAAGAGCGAGAAAAAAUUACAAUAAAUCAGUAGAAAUUUUAGCCGUCGUUUUAAAAAAACAGAGGAACAUUACUGUAGACUAUAUUAUUCGGGUGGCCGAAGCCUUUUGUCUUUCUGCAAUACAAUAUACAUGAAAGAGAAGUGUUUUUAGAGCAGAUUGUGUCGGUGAACUUGUGAUUCCGAGGGUUUUGGGGCACCCAAAUUAUAGGAUAAGGGCACUCGAAUGCUGUUUUUCAAACCCUAAUGUCAAAGCGCUGAAAUUUGAAUGGUCUAAUAGGGUUUUUGAAGGGAUUCUAUGUACACGUGGGGCAGUACUUGAGUGAAAUUUGUCAGCACUGAAGAGUAUGCCGAGGAAAUAGACAUGCAAUAGGGCGGGGUUUUGGAAUUUGUUGCAGCUUUAGGUUUUGGACUGAGCAGAGCAAUUGAGGGGUUUGGAGAUUUGUAUUCACAGGGCAGAGAACGGCAGGGUUUUGGGUGGCUCUAUUUUAUUUUUUAUGGUUCUCUUUUGAUUUUUAUGGUACCCUUUUUUGGGCGGGGUUUAUUCCUCCUUUAGUAUAUGGAACCCAGAAUAGUGCUUUGAUAGGGAAGUUUACAUGCGGUUCCUUUUUUAUGUCUUUCUUUUUUGAUUUUUUCUGUUUUGCUUUUGUUGAGAAUGUUAAGAUUUUGGAUUACUGUUCUAUGCUCUUGAGUAUUGGAGUUACAAUGAGUUCAUUUGAUUGAAUAAUGCAGCAUAUUUCGUUCCUAUUAUUGUCAAUACCUGUGUAAUCACUUUGGGCAUGAGUCACUUGAGUCGAGUUUGUGACAUCAAUUUAGAAUUAACACUCUCAGAGAGGAAGAUCAGUAGGAGAAGGGUGGGGACCUUUAGGGGAGGAGAGGUAGUUAAGAGUUAUAGAUGCAAGGGAAAUAAUGCUUUGAUAUUGUUUAUCAUGGGGGACUUUUAAAAGGGGCUGUUAGUGAACAGUGCAGAGUCUUACUCUGUGACAUUGAGGUUGUGGGUUAAAACUACAUUCAUUGCUCUGGAGAUGAAAUGAAUUUGAGAGUUGGAGUUUGAAAGACUCCGAAAAUUUUGAUUCCUAGGACAAUGUGGGUUAGGGCUCGUUGCUGUGGAAAGGAAGUGAAUUUACUCAUUGGAAUUUGAGAGAUUGGAGCCUUUUCCUUCUGAGGACAAUGGUCUACAGCAGGUAUGGAUAGAAGUGAGCCUACUCUGGUUCCAGAAUGGCUUAAAGGAACUAGUGGAGGAAGUGCAGGUUCUCAUCAUAAUCUUUCUGCUUCACAAUCAGAUAACUCUGACGUUCAAUUUUCGUCUAGAGCUAGACCAUUUCAGUCACAGUUUCCUGGGCCAACUCGUGGUGACUACGACUCUUUUCGUAAUUUGGGAUCAUCAGACAGGUCUUCUCAUUUGUCCUUUCGAAGAGGCCUCAGUAAUAACAGUGGGGGUAGUGAGCGUGUGAAUUCUGAUAAGGAUCUCUUUUCAAAUACACGUGCUUAUGCUAGUUUUCGUCGCAGUUCCUCUUUUCGCUCUUCUGAUUCUGCUGUAGAACGUGAGAAGAUCUGGGAUUGGGACAGACAACGGGAAGCACGGGAUAAAGAAAAGUCCUUUGGGACAGGUGGGAAUGAUCGUAACAUUGGCCGUGAAAUACCUGAUUCAUCACGAAGGUGGUCGAGUUCUGGCCCUGAUGUGAAGUUUGAUGGUGAGUUAAGGCGUUCUCGAUCUGUAAUAUCUAAUAGAAAGGCAGAGGAUGAGGCCAACAAAUCAGGAAAUGAGUUACAGAGCAUUACAAUGGCUCCUCCCAUUCGGGGGGGUCUUGUAAGUAACAUACAAAAAGCAGAUUUUGAAAGAAAUUUUCCUUCUCUUGGAGCUGAAGAGAGGCAAGGUAUUCAAUCGAACUUAGUGAAUGUUGCGUUGCUGAACUCAAGUUCAAUUUGGCAAGGGCAACGAGCAGCUGGAAGGCCAGAUCCAGGAAGAACUUCUUCCCCUGGAUUAAAUAUUUCUGGUGGUUCAGCUCCAGGUACAGCACUAAGUGGGGUACCUGCUAUUGGAGCAGAUGGAUGGAAAUCUGCUCUAGCAGAUGUUCCAGUUCCAAAUGGGGUGUUACAGAACAGUUGUCCCAUUGUUUCAGACCAACAAGUAACUAUAAAUUCUAUUGUAUCCAAAGGUCAUGGACUUGUUUCAGCUAGUGGACUUAACAUGGCCGAGGCACUAGUGCAGAAUCCUGCAAGGCCACGUACUCCUCAGUUAUCUGUUGAGGUUCAAAGAUUGGAGGAGCUAGCUCUGAAGCAGUCUCGGCAGCUAAUACCUGUGACUCCUUCAAUGCCCAAAACAAUGGGGCUUAGUCCUUCUGAGAAGUCGAAGGCAAAAUCAUCACGUUCAAUUGAUACAAACGCAUCCACUGUAAAGGCUACCCAGUCAAUAGGGUCAUCCCAUCUUAUAAACUCACCUAAAUUAAGUCAAGGUGGCAAGCUUGUAGUUCUCAAGCAAGGCAGAGAGAUGGGUUCUUCUGCUGUUAAAACUGACAGUGCCAGUCCUGGAAAGGGUGGAAAUACCAUUAGCAAUUCAUUUAACUCUUUGGCUGGAGGUGCUUCAGAUUUAGGUGCAAAUUUGAUGGGUCCUAGGAAGCUUAAGCUUCCAGCUGACCACAGAGCAAUUUCUUCAGUGCCUACUUCAAGUACAGUGGAUGGGGGGCUAGUUGUGCGACACAAGGAGGGCAGCUUAGUUUUUGAGGAGAAAAAAUCUGUGUUACAGGCACAAAAACGAAGUGAUUUUUUUAAUUCACUGAGGAAACAAUCUGAUAGUCACACGUCCACUGGAACUCCGGAUAAGUCCAGUUCAUCAAGAGCAUAUAAAGCUGAUGAUGGAAAUGAGAAGGUGCCUUCAACUAUUGAGAAUAAUGUGGAGCUAAAACAUAAUUCUUCUUUGGAAAAUGAAUUUGUAAAGCCCAAUAUUGCAUCUUCUGUAGUUGAAAGAACAACCGCAGAGAAAGAUAAAGGAAUUUUGAAUGGUUUUAUUUCUGGACAAUUUGAAACUACUAAUAGGGAUGCUGGCGAAAAUGAUACUUCAAUAUCUACUAAUAUGGUCUCUGUCAGAGUUGGUUCAGAGGAAGAAGAGGCAGCUUUUCUUCGUUCCCUUGGGUGGGAGGAAAAUGCAGGUGGAGAAGAGGCAUUGACAGAGGAGGAAAUCAAUUCUUUUUAUCAAGAGCUGGCAGCUAAUGCUUUUCGUCAAGGAAACCAUAGACUUUGGAAUAUGAAUGUGGAAAGCAUGUCCUCCUGAAUAGGCUCUUCAGAAUCAGCCUAACUAUGGGGUGAAACUCAGCUUGGUGAAGCCUUAGAUAAAUUUGGAAAAUUUUGGAUUGACUGCAAAAUCAAGAAUAACUGACUAUUACAUAUUUGGUGUUUACUGUUUCAGAAGGUGCAAAUGUAAAGAUUUUGGGUAACAAAGUUCCCUUGUGAGCUUCAUAUUGUCAACUUCACAAAAUAUAUUAAUGUCAACAUUGGUUUACAACAAGUUUUUAGAUGAAUUCAUGAUUUUUGUAAUUGUGCGUAGAAAAUAUUCAUCGCGAGAGCAGCAGAGAUAUAUGAAAUGCACUGAAAUGUGCUCAUUAGUCGUUUAUUUGGUUUUACUCUGGAUUUUGUGGAGAAAGAUGUAUACCGAUCUUUAUUUCUGCUGUUCAUGCAGAAUUUGGCCUCUGUACAUGUGUAGUCAUGAAGUAUCUUUUCCCAGGUAGUAUUCUUUUCUGCCUUACAGCCAGUAUGUAAAUCUGUAUUUCGGAAUACAAAGAUUGGAUGAUGCUGGGCUUUCAUUCUGAAAUGUAGUUGGCUGAAAAUUGUCAUUCUUGAUCCCUUUUUUGUUGGGAGGAAAGCUCUGGUCUGAUUAUUAAUAUUCAUUUUCCUUUCCUAAAAGGACUUCAAAUAUAUGAGAUGUACAAGAUUGAGAGGAUGUAUGGAGAGGGAUAUCUGCUCCAGUCUUUCUGGACUGCGAUUAGCUAUAUUUAUCAAGAGAAGCCUUAUUCUUUGCA